CCGGGACGGGGGCCUGGGAAGGUCGCGGUGGCAGUGCCACCCCUGCCGCGGGCACUGGGGCGGGGUCUGAGCCCCGUCCAGCCUGGCCCUGGGCGCUGCCAGGGAUGGGGAAGCCAGGGCUGCUCUGGGGAAUCCAUUCCGGGGCCUCCCCACCCUCACCGGGAGGGAUUUGCCCCGAUGUCCCACCUAAACCAGCGCAUGGGAUCGUGGAGUGGUUUGGAUUGGAAGGGGCUUUAGAGAUCAUCUGGACCCCAGGCAGGGACUCCUCCCGUCAUCCCAGGGUGCUCCAGCCUGGCCUGGGACACUGCCAGGGCUGGGGCAGCCACAGCUUCUGUGGGAAAUCCAUUCCAGGGCCUCCCCACCCUCACAGGGAGGGAUUUAUCCCAGUAUCCCACCCACACCUCCCCUCUGCCCGUUUAAACCAUGUCCCCUUACCCUGUCACUGCCUCUCCUCCGUGCCCCUUCAGCUGCAGGAAGGCCACAGUGAGGUCUGCCCAUCCCUUUUCCGUGUCUUUUCUGGAACUCCAGGCUGGUUCCAUGGCCCCUGUUUGAUAGGAAAAGAUCCUUUUAGGCCUCCCUUUUCCCCAGACUUGGCCUGGCCUGCUGAGCCUUGUGGCUGCCGGAGCUCCGGUGUCAGGAGCAGCUCUUCCUCCUGAGCCAAGGCCCCGGGAACCCCUCUGAUCCCAGGAUUUGGGAGCAGGGCCCUGCCGGGAGCGCUCCAGGGAAUUUCUCUGCUGUUCCUGUGGGGAACUGAGCAAAUUUUCCAAAUGGGGCUCUUCCCAGCCUCGCUGUUGGGAGUUGAGGGAGCUUUGCUUCCCUCCCGGGCUCUUUUCCACAGCCCUGAUGGGCUCCCGGAGCCGCGGGAUAACGGGAAGGGACGUUGGGAGUGGGCCCCAGGUGUGGGGAGCACUGCAGGCUGGCGUUUGUGGGUGUUUCUGCAGAGGGAUUCCCUGGAAGCAGGCAGUUCCAAAGGGAUUCCAUGGAAACACAUCAUUCCUGCUUUCCUGUGGGUGUUUGUCCAAAGGGAUUCCCUGGAAGCACACAAUUCCCGCUUUCCUGUGGGUGUUUGUCCAAGGGGGUUCCAUGGAAACACACAGUUCCAAAGGGAUUCCAUGGAAACACGUCAUUCCUGCUUUCCUGUGGGUGUUUGUCCAAAGGGAUUCCCUGGAAGCCCACAAUUCCUUCUUUUCUCUGUGUGUUUCUCCAGAGCAAUUCCCUGGAAGCACACAAUUCCAAAGAGACUCCCUGGAAGCACAUAAUUCCACAGGGAUUCCAUGGAAACACACAGUUCCCGCUUUCCUGUGGGUGUUUGUCCAAGGGGAUUCCAUGGAAACACACAAUUCCUGCUUUUCUCUGUGUGUUUCUCCAAAGCAAUUCCCUGGAAGCACACAAUUCCAAGGAGAUUCCCUGGAAACACAAUUCCCGCUUUCCUGUGGGUGUUUGUCCAAAGGAAUUCACUGGAAGCACACAAUUCCAGAGGGAUUCCAUGGAAGCACACAAUUCCAGAGGGAUUCCCUGGAAGCACACAAUCCCCUGUUCAGAUUCAACCUUGUUCCUCCCCCCCGCAGUGCCGGGCUGUUCCCUGGCCUCCAGAAAUCCCACAAAAACGUGGAAUUCCGUCCUGCCGGAGCUUUAUCUCCCUUUGAUCCCGAUCAAAGCCCAGCUCCCAAAGGAGUUUUGCUCCAGGGGUGGGAGGGGAGCCUCCUGCUCCGGCGUCCUGCUCCGGGCCAGGCUGCUCUUCCCGGGGAAACUGAGGCUGGAAUGGGGCAAACCUGAACUUCUUCCCCCUGGAAUUCCCAGCCUGCCCCAAACUGAGGCUGGAAUGGGGCAAACCUGAACUUCUUCCCCCUGGAAUUCCCAGCUUGCCCCAAACUGAGGCUGGAAUGGGGCAAACCUGAACUUCUUCCCCCUGGAAUUCCCAGCCUGCCCCAAACUGAGGCUGGAAUGGGGCAAACCUGAACUUCCCCCUGGAAUUCCCAGCUUGCCCCAAACUGAGGCUGGAAUGGGGCAAACCUGAACUUCCCCCUGGAAUUCCCAGCUUGCCCCAAACUGAGGCUGGAAUGGGGCAAACCUGAACUUCUUCCCCCUGGAAUUCCCAGCCUGCCCCAAACUGAGGCUGGAAUGGGGCAAACCUGAACUUCUUCCCCCUGGAAUUCCCAGCCCGCCCCAAACUGAGGCUGGAAUGGGGCAAACCUGAACUUCUUCCCCCUGGAAUUCCCAGCCCGCCCCAAACUGAGGCUGGAAUGGGGCAAACCUGAACUUCCCCCUGGAAUUCCCAGCUUGCCCCAAACUGAGGCUGGAAUGGGGCAAACCUGAACUUCUUCCCCCUGGAAUUCCCAGCCUGCCCCAAACUGAGGCUGGAAUGGGCAAACCUGAACUUCCCCCUGGAAUUCCCAGCCUGCCUGGAGUCAGAGCUGGCCCAGGUCUCCAGGGCUGGAAAGGAGGAUUCCUGUCAGGCUAAACUCUUGAUUUUUAGGGAAAAAAGGGGGGGUUGAGCAGCUCCUGUGCCGGGUAUUUUUAUGGGGAGCAGCACAUUUGUGAGUCUGGAUCCAGCCUGUGACCUCCCAGCUUUUAAAAGGAAGCACAAGAUCAGCUCAGUUCCAGGUUUCGGGGGGAAAAAGGGAUGUUGGGCACCUGUUCUGACAACCCGGCACAGAGAGGAAACACGGUAUCAGGAGAAUUCCAGGUUUUAGAGGGAGAAAAGUUGGAGAGGCAGCACCUUUGUGGGUUUAUUACAACUUUAAUCCAUCCUGUAACCUCCUGGUGUUUGGAAGGAAAGACAAAACCAGCUCAGCUCCAGGUUUUAGAGAGAGAAAAGUUUGAGAAGCAGCACCUUUGUGAGUUUAUUACAGCUUGGAUCCAUCCUGUAACCUCCUGGUGUUUGGAAGGAAGGAGAAUAUCAGCUCAACUCCAGCUUUUAGAGGGAGAAAAGUUGGAGAAGCAGCACCUUUGUGAGUUUAUUACAGCUUGGAUCCAGCCUGUGAUCCCCUCAGCUUUUAAAAGGAAGCACAAGAUCAGGUGGAUUCCAGGUUUUUAGGGGAAGAAACGGUGGAAUAGCAGCAGAUUUGGGAGUUUGCUGUCCCAUGUCCCAGGGUUUGGAAGGAAGGAGAAAAUCAGCUCAGCUCCAGGUUUUAGAGGGAGAAAAGUUGGAGAAGCAGCACCUUUGUGAGUUUAUUACAACUUUAAUCCAUCCUGUAACCUCCCAGUGUUUGGAAAGAAGGAGAAUAUCAGCUCAACUCCAGCUUUUAGGAGGGAAAAAGGUGGAACAGGGAGUCUAUCACACCUUGAGGGAGGGAGGGGAAGGGAGGGAGCACAGGAAGGUGCUGCAGCCUCCCCGGCGGCGCUGAGCGACCUUU